GCAGGCACAACUGGCUGGAGUUAUUUCUCCCCAUUAUGGAUAUUUUCUCCUGAUACAUUCCUUUAAAACAACAAGAAUGGCUGUUUCACAGGUUUUCAGGUUGCUGUGGAUUACAGGCAUAGUGUUUGGGAUUUUUCCUCACUUAAAUCUGGGAUUGUUGUCUGACUACAAGAUCUGUGGAGACUCAGAGUGUGAAAGCCUUAUGAGCAGAGUGCAGGCCAUCAGGGACCACCAUGGCAAGGACUGCCGUUUCCUGAGCUUCAGGCGAGGAGACACCAUCUUUGUUUACCACAAACUGACUGGAAAGAGGGAAGACCUCUGGGCAGGCACUAUUGACAAACGGUUUGGCUAUUUUCCAAAGGAUGCUGUGCAAGAGGAACAGGUUUAUGCAACAGUGGAGAAAGUAGUGGAAACACAGCGAUCUGAUUUCUUCUGCAUGGAUGAGUCUGGAUAUCUUAUUGACUCUAGUGAUCUGGACAGUGAUACUGAUGCUAAUGAUCAGAAAAUCAAAAUUCAGGAGUCAGAAUCCACCCAAACCGUCCCACACACAGAUGGCACAAAUACUGAAAGUCCACCAACGUCUGCAGAUCCCUCUACAGACUUUCCAGUUCCAGUACAGCAAACUGAUGACACAACACCAGAAGGAGAUGAAAGCAAAAACGCUGGUGAAGCUGAUCCCAGGCCCCCCGAGGAAGCACACGAGAAUCCUGCAGCUCUGAAUGAACAAGGUGGGUCUUCCUCCUCUUCCUGGCUCGGUUCUUCAGUGACAGGAUGGUUAGGUCUGGGAAAAGAGGAAGAAUAUGGCGGUUCGGGCAAAGAAGAGAAAGAAGAUGAGAGAAAGGAAACACAAGACACAACUUCUUUGACUUCAUCUGUGACAGGAUGGUUAGGUCUAGGAAAAGAGGAAGAGCAUGGCAGUGCGGGUGAAGAAGAGAAAGAAGAUGAGAGAAAAGAAACACAAGACACAACUUCUUUGACUUCAUCUGUGACAGGAUGGUUAGGACUAGGAAAAGAGGAAGAGCAUGGCAGUUCGGGUGAAGAAGAGAAAGAAGGUGAGAGAAAGGAAACACAAGACAAAACUUCCUUAACUUCGUCUGUGACAGGAUGGCUGGGGUUUGGAGGAGAGAGAGAACCUGAUGAUGCUGUGCAAAGUGGAGAAGGCAGUGAAGAAACUACUGAUUCUUUCACUUCAACUAUGACUGGGUGGCUUGGCUUUGGAGGAGAGCCCAAAACAGAUUCUGUAAAAAAUGAGCAGGAUGGAGAAACAGAAAUGGACGAAGAAAAUGAGCUACAAGUAAAAUUCAGGAGCAGAAGGAUGUCUCUGGACCUAGAAGGUAGCCAGUUACAUGAAGAAGAGAAGAAAGAGAUGGGGACAUUGGACUGGCUACGAAAUGCCCUGUCAGAUGGCAGCAAGGAUAAUGUCUUACCUGUCGAUGCUGCAUCCAUGGUUGAUCAAAGAGAUGCUCCUCCUCAGACCAAAUCAGAGGAAAAGUCCCAGGAUGUAGGUGGAAUGUCCUCCAUGAUAGAUGAGGAAAGACCUGCAGAACUGGAGGCUGAUGAACAUCAGAUCCCCAAAUCAACAGGAAAUGAAAGUGAGGAUAAUAACAGAGAGCCAGGAGAAGAGGAAAUUAAAACUGUAAGUCACACUGGCCUGGAUCUGACACUAUCUGACGUCAAUUCAGGGUCUGAGUUUGGUUCUGCAGAUUUAGAUUCAGACUCCACUGGACCAACUGUAGGUGAGGUGGAGGGAGAUGAAAAAGGUGAGCUGCAAAGUAAGAAAACAGGACGUGGGGAUGAGGAAGGGGUCGAAAUUGUUUCUGCUGAAACUGGUGCUAGUGGUGAUCCCGAAGGUGAGGGGAGCGAUGAAGACACAGAUAUACUUCACCGAGAUAUUUCCACGACUCCGACUGAUGAAUCAGCAGAACAAAGUCAAGGCAGUGGUAACACAGCAGAGAGCAGCGGAACGAGUUUGCCUUUCUUAUCAUCAGGCACAGCGAAGGAGAGAAAUGAACCAGUCCACAGUGAGGAUCAAAGUUUACCUGCUCACUGUGUAAAAACUGAUGCUGACAUCUCAGAUACACUCGCUAUGACUGAUGGUAACAUGGAAAAGGAGACACAUCGUGGUCACGUCAAAGAUCAAAGAGACAAAGACUCGAGUAAGACAGGAGAUCCCUCUGUAGCCCUGGAUAACAACAUUCAGAGAGAUGAAGGGAUGGAUGUGGAGAGUGAGGGACAAAAGCCUGCAAAAGAGAGGGAAACCGCAGAUGACAAAAGAAAACAGAGGGACAGAGGAAGUGAAGAAGAGAGUGGGCCCCCUGCAUCCCGUCCUCACAAUCAGCCAGGAUCAACACAGCUACUGGAAGGGGAGAUGAAGCAAAUUCUGGAUUUCAUUCACUGGAUGGCUAAAGAAUCAACCACUCAUGUCCAUGCAGCCAUGGAGCUCCUCCUAUGGACUACUGUUCAGGUUGUAUCAUCGCUGCCUGAUGACAUCAGACCCGGGCCAGACCUGUACGGGGUGCCAUGGGAACCAGUCAUCAUCUCCAGUCUGGUGGGGCUGGUGACAGUGUUGUUGUUCACCUGUCGAUGUUAUAGCUCUGUCAAAAGCAGAAUGUACCGAAGUAAAGAGCGGUGGAUGGCUGAACAGGUUGCACAGUUGCUGGAUGAGAAGUGUAAAGUCCUCGAGUCUCUCAGCAAAUGUCAACAAGAGUAUGAUGACCUGGAGGACUCACUGAGGGACAGUGGUGUCUUGGCCCAAACUCAAAGGACAGAACAUCUGGAGGUCAAAGCCAGACAGCUGGAACUUGCUAAAACAGAGCUGGAGAGGGAUCUUGAACAACUGAAGGAUCAACUGGACCAGCAGAGUGAGCACAGGAUAGAGCAAGAAAGGAGGAUAGCUCUGCUUGAAGAGAGCAUGAAAACAUUUGAAGACGAAACAAAAGACCUCCAGUCACAGGAAGUGCAGGCACAGACUACUCUGAAAGUGUACAAUAUGAACAGUGAUAGACUACAGAGGAACCUGGAAACAGCUGGAGAGGAGAAUACACUGCUGCAGGAGAGCAACACUCAGUUGAGGCAGCAGGUGGAGGGAUGGGCAGAAAGGGUGAGUGAGCUGGAGGCGGAGAUGAGGAGGUGUGAGGUCGCCUACAGCGCGAUGCAGCAGGAUGUGGCCAAUAAGGAUGAGCGUAUCAUGUCCUUGACCGACCGUCUGCUGAGGAUGAAAGCUUGGGACUCAGACCUAGAGGAAAAGGAAGGUGAUGAAGGAGCAGAGAAGGAGACGUCCAAUGGGUCACCAGGAAAAGAAGAGGAGAAUGGAAAAGGGGACAUAACGGACACACCAGGCCAUUUCCAGAAAGUCCAGAAACUCAUUUACGCUGCUAAGCUGAAUGCAGACCUCAAGUCAGUAGAUGAAGACAAGGACAGGGUAUUUGCCAAACUGAAUGAUGAAGUCAAAGCUAAAGAAGAUCUGCAAGAGAGCAUUAAGGAGCUGGAGAAUGAGAAACUAUCUCUGCAGUCAAGUGCUGAGCACUACUCAGAUCAGGUCCAACGAUUACAACAGAAACUCCAGAUUAUGACCGAAAUGUACCAGGAGAAUGAGCUCAAGCUGCACAGACUGCUGACAGUGGAGGAGAAGGAGCGCCUGCAGAAAGAAGAGAAGUUAAAUAAAGCGGACAAAAACAUUGCAAUGGCCAUGGAAGAACUCAACAACUACAGACAACGAGCAGAAGAGAUGGAGGAAGAGCUGGAGAAAACCAAACAGUCGUACCAGACUCAAAUAUCAGCGCGUGAGAAGAAGGCUCACAGUAACUGGCUCGCAGCCCGAGCAGCAGACAGAGAGCUCUCAGACAUCAGGAGAGAGAACGCCCUCCUCAGACAGAAGCUGACAGACACACAAUUUAAACUAGACGCCCUUGACAAAGAUCCAUUUGCCUUGGACAGUCUGGCUAGACCAUUGCCUUUCAGAGCUGAAAGGUCACCGUAUGGUCCCUCUCCUCUGGGUCGACCAGCAUCUGAAACCAGAGCUUUUCUGUCUCCCCCUACAUUAAUGGAUGGUCCGCCUGCUAGAUUGUCUCCUAGAGUGUGUCGUGGUCCCGUGGAGCCCCCAGGUGGCCAAGGGGAGAUGGAGCGGAGUGGAGGUCCUCAUUCAGACAGCGGCUCAAUCUCCCCUACAUGGGAGAGAGAUCGGAGGGGACCUAUGCCAGGACCUCCAGGGCCCCCAGGGCCCUCUGGGCCCCUAGGGCCUCCAGGUUAUAUGUUUCCAGAACCAGGAGGUCCCAUGUACAGGAGACCUCCACCUCCUCCAGGAGCUCUUUUGCCUCUUCCUGGCUCCCUCCCACCUGGCCCUCCUCUUCCCCAUCCUAGGGGUUUCCCUUCUGCUGGUCCGCUAGGUCCUCCCCACCCUGCAGACAUGGCAGAUGGCCCAUACAGAGAAAACAGCCUUGGGCCUGGUGAGCAGGAACACACAGAGUCUGGGCCUGGUGAUCGAAGGACUUCCCCUGAAGCAGAUCCAAGGAUGGGGGGCCCACCCCCUCCUGGACCCCCAAUGGGCCCCAUGGACGGUCCAUUUCCUCGUAGACCUCCCUAUGGACCCCCACCUCCUGAUUUCUAUCCUCCCAGGGGACCCGGGGGCCCUCCCAUGAUGCCUAUGUGGGCCCCUCCACCUCCAGGGGUGAUGUUCCCUCCUCGUUUCCCUCCUGGUGGACCUCCUCUUCCUCCAGGUCCUCAUCCUCACUAUGCUCCCCCCAUGCGACCCCUUCCACCCGACAGCCUCCCACCUCCUUCCAUGGGUCCUCCUCCUCAGCAGUCCCUCCAGUCCCCACCGAACAGUCAGUCGUCACCAGAGGAGCACAGACCCUCACCUGAAGACGCCAUUUGAUCCUGAUGAAGUUUCUCCUUGAGCUGUGAGAUUUCUGGUUAAAACUCAGUGGCAUGGUGGAUGGAUGACAGGCAGGUUGAAGUUUUCCUCUCUUUCAUCGUCUGUCACAUGUAUUUAUUAUCCAGGAACACACAUUGAAUGAAUAGUGUUAGAAGACAGGAAACAUCAGCCUUCAUUCGCCUCUUAUGUUGCUGUCUGUUCCCUUCGUCUCUUUCUCCUCCAGUCACAUCCUUUUUUCUCUCUUUCUUCUGGCUUCUUUCUCUUUGCUAUUCCCGCUCUCUGCCCCAUCAUCAUCCAGCUUCAUUUCCUGUGAGGUAGUUCCUGUUGUUGUGGAGUCAUGGUGACAGCAUUUAGGCUCAGCUGUGUAAUUUCACAGGCAGCCUAAUCUGUACGUGUGUGUAUGGGGGAGUGUUGCCACAUGAACCAGAAACAGUUGCUUGUGAGCUUAAAAAUGCCAGAAAGGAUUUUAAUGUGAGUUAGGUUGAAACGUGUGCAUGCUGAAAUGCUGUAUGUGGCAGAGAAUGAAAUGUUUUACCCGAUGGCACAGAAAGAGAAAUCUAAAUGAUCAUGAGCUGCCAGGGGGCGAAAUGCGUCUUUAUUGGCCUAAUGCGGUUUAUUUUAUUAUACCAACACUUCUGCCAUUGUCACCAUAAUUUAGCCAUUUAGCAUCCAUGCUGUUAUUGACCUGGAUUCAGAUCGCACCAGGUCCUUUUUCCUUUGUGACUGAACUGAGUCUAUCUUAAACUCCCCUAAAUAUUAACCAGAGGUAAAAUAAGACAGUUUCCUUGAAAUGCAAUUAAAUGCACAACUUGAUCUCACUGACUUCCCUGUGGGAUGUGGAGGAUUCGGAUAAAGCAGAUAAACCGUGCUUUUGAUCUUGUUACAGUGGCUUAUAUAUGGCCCAUGCUUGAAAAAAGUGGCUUAUCGAAGACACUUGCGUUUUUCACUUGUGAGGUGUGUCUCGUCCUGACAGUCACAGAUUGGUGAAUUGGACUGACUGGCAGAGAGCUGACCUUCACAGCCAGAGAGAUAACACCCAUGUGAAUUUUGUAAAAAGUGAUUAUUAAUAGAUGAAUAAAGACUUGUCAAAUUGU